GUUACUUAGAACGCAUAAAUUUCGUAAGAAUUUUAUAGAAAACGGUAUAAUUUCCGUAGAAUUCUAGGAAUUAUUUCCACAUGCCUUUUUAAAUUCAGAGUUUCUCAGAGUGUAUUAUAUUCAGAAACUCUUCGGCCAAAUUUCUCAGACCGCCAUUUCACUGCCCAGUGCCCGGCCCAAGCGAAGGGUAUAUGCGGAACUUGAAAAAAAUUCCUGGGAAGCCCGUGCACCCCAGCACCGUAGCUCGAUCCGCCCCUGCCCCGAAGGCGGUGGCGGCAUGAGCGGCGGGGCGUCGCUGGGGCUCAGGUCGUCGGGGAGCUAUGGAUCGCUGCAGCAGUCAGGCUGCCAGUCGCCCACUCCGUCGCCGCCACUCGCCGCGCGGAAGCCCGCGAAGAUGUCCCUCAGCGGCGCCGGCCGCGGCAUCCUCUGCGCCCGGAUCUGCAAGCUCGCCGGCCGUCGACAGCGGAUGCUGCUCCUCUUCCUCGUCACCGUCGCCGUGGCAUUCUGCUUCCUCUUCUCAUCACUUGUCAAUAGAGAUGAAGAUGCACCACCUGGUACUGAGACCAUGUUUGGAUUUUCUGAUCAUGUCCGGAGUUUUGUGAAUCCUGCUUGGACAUCUUCGAGCAGACCAGUAGCCCAGAAAGAUUCUUUGAGUGGGAAUGGUCUGAAUUCUUCAUCACAGACAGAAAAGCAGUCUAACAACGGUCACGGAAAAGUUCAGGGUCUCUUGUCGAGUUUCCCACCAGCAGUUGUUCUGGAUCACCAUGCUUGUGAAAAUUUCUCAUUUUCUCCUCCACCUAUUGAUAGGAAACGCACUGGAGCACGACCCUGUCCGGUUUGUUAUUUGCCUGUUGAGCAGGCCCUGACAUUGAGACCAAGUGAACCAUCAGCGUCACCUGUCCUUCAAAGCUUAAAUUAUUUGUUUGAGGAGAAUUUGAUUUUUGAAGAGUCAAAUGGUGGUUCUUUGUUUGGAGGUUAUCCAUCCCAGGAGGAACGAGAUAAGUCUUAUGACAUAAAAGAAUCGAUGACAGUACGUUGUGGAUUUGUAAGAGGAAAGAUACCUGGUCGCAAUACUGGGUUUGAUAUAGAUGAAGCUGAUCUUUCUGAGAUGCAGCAGUGCCAGAGGACUGUUGUUGCUUCUGCUAUUUUUGGAAAUUAUGAUAUAAUGCAACAACCGGAAAGCAUUAAUGAAUUUUCAAAGAAUACUGUUUGCUUCUUCAUGUUUCUCGAUGAAGAAACAGAAGCUGCAAUAAAGAACUUCACUACUAUUGAUCAUACUAAAAGAAUUGGGCUGUGGCGGGUGGUUGUCGUUCACAACCUUCCAUACUCUGAUGCAAGGCGCAAUGGAAAGGUUCCAAAACUACUACUUCAUCGGCUUUUUCCUAAUGCGCGAUAUUCAAUUUGGAUUGAUGGGAAACUUAAACUAGUGAGGGAUCCUUAUCAGGUAUUAGAGAGAUUCUUGUGGAGGAAGAAUGUUAGCUUUGCGAUUUCCAGGCACUACAAACGCUUCGAUGUCUUUGAGGAAGCUGAGGCCAACAAGGCUGGUGGAAAAUAUGAUAACGCUUCAAUUGAUUACCAAAUUGAGUUUUAUAAAAGAGAAGGUUUAACCCAUUAUUCAUCAGCUAAGCUUCCCAUAACGAGUGAUGUCCCUGAGGGUUGUGUAAUAAUAAGGGAGCACAUCCCCAUAACCAACCUGUUCACAUGCCUUUGGUUCAAUGAAGUUGAUCGUUUCACAUCCAGAGAUCAGCUAAGCUUUAGCACAGUUCGGGAUAAAAUAAGGUCGAGAGUUAAUUGGACUGCAGACAUGUUCCUGGAUUGUGAAAGGCGCGAUUUUGUUGUUCAGACAUACCACAGAGAACUGUUGGAACAAAGGCAGGCUGCCUUAAGAAGUCAGCCUCCCCCGCGGCCUCCUGCGGCGCUCAUGCAACCUAGAAAGAUGCUUCCAGACAAUGCAGCAGAGGAACCUGGGAAAUCUCCUGCAACUAAGAAGUUACCAGCAAAGCAUACACGUGAUAGGAAAUCAAGCUCGAAACGAACUCAUCGAACUAAAGUCGCCGGUGGGAAGGAAUCGGUUCAACUGUAAAUCUCAUGGCAAUUUUGCUCGUAUACAAUUGCGGAUCCGACAAGCAGCAUUCCUACAUGGUUUUACUAUUUAACCUCUAUUCAUGCUCUCUCCCAAAGGCUCAAAAUUUUUGUUAGGAACUGUUGAUAGAGAACUAAAAUUCUUUGUUGUAAAUAAACAUUUUUGUCAAAUAUCUAACUAAGGUAUAUACACAUAAGGAGUAUACUAUAUAAGUACGAGGUAUGCCGUGUGUAUAUUUAACAACUUCGGAUAUUACGGAAUCGAAUCUGCGGUACCUAUUACUUUCGGAA